AUGUCCAAGUUGGACUCCGCGAUGGCCAAGCUCAAGAUGGACACGACCGUGCAGUCGACCGAAUCCCGGGUAUCAAAGUUGUUCUCGGAAUUCGUGGCUGCCCUCGUGCGCCACUUAAUGGAGGGGUUCGCGGAGGCCGAGCCAAACCUAAGAGCCGAGCCAAACCUAAUGGUCGACUAUCUCGUCGCAGCCGUCCAGCCACUGGCCGCGCGCGCCCGUGUCAAGGAACUCUUGAAGUUGAACGAGAACCGCAGCCUCAAGAAGGACGUGGACGAUUUCUAG